CACCGAUGGUCUAACCUUAUAUUUCUGAACCGGUCUUUUAGAUGAAUUACGUAAAAACAGCAACAAGAGAAUCACCGAUCUCAAACAAAAGCCACCCACUCUUGAGAAUUGAGGAUCGAUGAAAUCUGUGGAUUAUUCUCUUGUCUAUCAGGUGUAUGUCGAAAUGCCUGAAUGAACGUUGGAUGUUUGGUUCAGCUUUUUUAUAAAAGUUUCGACUUUCCUACAUAUGAGUCGCUAAAUUCUUCGAAAUGGGAUAAUGGAAAAAGGAAACCUUUUUGUCGCGUCGAAACUGAUUCGGGUUACUCUACACGAGGUAGAGAACCAGCUCGAGCUGUCACUGCGUCAAGCCUAUGAGAGUCUCGAGCCGAAGCUGCAGCCACCGUUCUCUCAGGAGAUCCCAGACCAGCAAGAGUAUCUUGAGCUAAACAGAGCUAUCGUUUACGGCGUGUUAUGCGAUUCUGGUUCCUCUGAAAUUCACAUCAAGCACCUACAUGCUCUCGUCACUGAUGGGUAUGCGUUUUUCACCAGCUUGCUCGUUGGAAUUGUUGUUGAACUGUACGGUAAGCUUGUUGACUCCGCUAAGAUCCAGCUGCUCUGGGUGACAAAGGAGAUGAUCGCUGUUUCGAGUGUGGGACUCGAGGAUUUGCUUGUGUCUUUGCUGCGACGAAUCGGGAGUGGGGACUAUGGGGAUCAGAAUGUUUGGCUCUGUUCUGAAUUGGUGAGCUUGUUUCUCGACAAAUGGGAUUGUUUGCUUGAAAAUGUGCCAUUGGUAUUGACUAGUGCCCUGUACGGUUUCCUUCGUUUACUAGCGGAUCAUUGUAGAGUCUCAGGCAUCGCGAAAAUGGAAAACUUGAAGACACUGGAGAUAAAAUUCUGUGUCAAAAUGUUAAGAGAGCAACUGCAAUUGAGUUUGAAGAUUGGAAGGGAUCUUGUCCGCUUGUUGCAGGACAUGAUUCACGUCUCUGAAUUUGGAAAGAUAUGGAACGACGUGGUCUCGAACCAGUGCUCUGAUAUGUCACAGAUUUACAAGUCGAAGACUUCAAGUAGAUACUUCCUUCUCCGAAUAACUCCUGAGAUGGAAACGCAACUAAGGUUUUUGCUUGGAAAUGUGAAGCGGGGAAGCCAGAAACGGCAUCAGUUAUGGUUCUUGAAGAAAUUUCUCAUAGGUCCUGAAAAGCAAACACUUUUGAUCGACAUAGUCCGAUUCGUUUGCUGUGUUAUUCACCCAACAAACGAAAUCAUCCGAUCAGAGAUCAUGCCAAGAUGGGUUGUCAUAGGUUGGUUUCUGGAACUGUCUAAGCAAAAUCAUCACAUCGAACGAAAUGUUAAGCUCGCUCUGUUGUACGACUGGCUCUUCUUCGGCGAGAGAAUGGACAAUAUUAUGAACGUUGAACCUGCUGCUUUGUUGAUAGUAUGGUCAAUACCGCAGUAUCCACACAUCACUCACUCUUUACUUGAAUUCUUGCUUCAUCUUAUGGACACUUAUGACAAAACUCAUCGAGAUAUGAUUAUGAGAGGCGUGGCAUCAGCAUUCAGAGAAAUCGAGGGAAAAGGCGUAGUUCGAUCGUUAGAUAUAUUCCUAUCAAAUCCUGCAAUUGCACCAGAUCUGAAGAAGAAGCUAGCAAAUCUGUUGUCAUGUCAUCAUAACAUCUCUCGAGUUCCUGAGCAGUCUUGACACUAUGAUAUAUGACAAGAAUUAUACGUCUCUUCUCCUUUCAUCUUCUCAAGUUCCUUAAAGCUUUAUGUAAGAGCGUACCAUUAUGUUGCUUUUGUUAUUUAGAGCACCAUUUUUCUGGUGUGAACAAACUUAUU